UUUGAAUAUUAGUGCACGAUUAAAUCUGCGUCAUCGAAACGUUUUGGACGUGGUGUUCCAAAUUUCCUCUGUAUUUUUUCUGAUGUUCAGUAGAGUUGUCAAUUUAAGAAUGGCGUCUGCAUCUGUUCUUCAGCGAUUGAAUCAACGUGCAAAACAGGCAGAGUCUAUCAUUACCGAACUAAAGCAGCAGAUUGAAAUUCUAAGACAGAAUGCAGCUGUCACUAUAUCAAAACCUGAGGAGGAGCGACUGAAAACUGAAAAUCAGAAAUUACGAACUGAAGUGGAGGAACUGAAAUCUCAGCUGAUAUUGGCAGAGAUAAAGAAUGGAGUUAAACAAGUCCCUCUACCUACCAAUAGAACUGUGAUGAAAGCAGAGCCACCUAAAAAAGAGAGUCCACUUGAGCCAGAGGUCAAACAAGCACCUGUCAAAACCAGCAACAAAAAACCAGAGAAGUCAGACAAGAAAGAGAAGAAGCCUGCAAAUGAUGGAGAACCAAAAGCUAAGAAAGGCAAGAAUGAGCCUGCAGCUGAAGGGAAGAUGGACGUCUCUCGCUUAGACUUCAGAGUGGGGCAGAUUGUGGACGUUAAGAAGCACCCUGAUGCAGACAGUCUUUAUAUAGAGGAAGUAGAUGUUGGAGAGGGGAAGAACCGCACGGUGGUGUCAGGCCUUGUCAAACAUAUCCCUAUAGAACAGAUGCAGAAUAAAGUGGCAGUAUUUAUGUGUAAUUUAAAACCUGCCAAAAUGAGAGGAGUUCUCUCUGAAGCUAUGAUCAUGUGUGCUAGCACUCCAGAGAAGGUGGAGAUUCUAAACAUCCCUCCUGGUGCGGUCAUUGGGGAUAAGGUCACCUGUAAGGAGUAUCCAGGAACACCAGAUGCCCAACUUAACCCAAAGAAAAAAGUCUGGGAAACCCUAGCACCAGAACUGAGGGUGAACAAAGACAAGGUAGCCACUUUUAGAGGAGACCCCCUACAGAUAGAGGGGAAGGGGGUACUAACUUCACCCACCCUAAAGGAUGUACAGAUUAAGUAAAAAAGUAUUAAUUAAUAAAUCAACCUGUAUAAUCAAGAAAAUGUCUGUUGGCAAAUGCUAUUAAUUGAAAUGCAGACUUCUUUGGGUGAUGGUGAAUGAACUGUGAAGAAUGAGAAGGACUUGCAGAAUACAACCGAAAAUAAAACAUGAAUUUGAAUUCUGCUGGAUAUCUUGGGCCUUGGAAGCUGAAUUCUAAUAAAGUUGAUAUUUAAUUAUUA